UUGGAGGGCGGGGCCGGGCGCGGAGCUGGAGCAGAGCGCGGCUGCAGGGUGAGCAGCAAGCAGCGGGGAGACACAGCCCUCCGCCCCAGUCAGCCUCCGCGUGUGUUCCCUCUGUCGGGAGAGCGCCAAUGCCCGGGCCGACCCAAACCUUGUCCCCAAAUGGCGAGAACAACAACGACAUCAUCCAGGAUAACGGGACUAUCAUUCCUUUCCGGAAGCACACAGUGCGCGGGGAGCGGUCCUACAGUUGGGGAAUGGCGGUCAAUGUGUAUUCUACCUCGAUAACCCAGGAGACUAUGAGCAGGCAUGACAUCAUUGCAUGGGUUAAUGACAUCGUGUCUCUAAACUACACAAAAGUGGAGCAGCUCUGUUCAGGAGCAGCCUACUGCCAGUUCAUGGACAUGCUGUUCCCGGGCUGUAUUAGUUUGAAGAAAGUAAAAUUCCAAGCAAAGUUGGAGCACGAGUAUAUUCACAACUUCAAACUUCUGCAAGCGUCCUUUAAACGGAUGAAUGUUGAUAAGGUAAUUCCAGUGGAGAAGCUGGUGAAGGGGCGUUUCCAAGACAACCUGGAUUUUAUUCAGUGGUUUAAGAAAUUCUACGAUGCUAACUAUGACGGGAAGGAGUACGAUCCUGUUGAGGCCCGACAAGGGCAAGAUGCGAUUCCUCCCCCUGACCCUGGUGAACAGAUCUUCAACCUGCCCAAGAAGUCACACCAUGCAAACUCCCCCACAGCAGGCGCGGCUAAGUCAAGUCCCGCUUCUAAGCCCGGAUCCACGCCUUCUCGCCCAUCGUCUGCCAAAAGGGCCUCAUCCAGUGGCUCAGCGUCCAGAUCUGACAAAGACUUAGAAACGCAGGUCAUACAGCUCAACGAGCAGGUCCAUUCAUUGAAACUUGCCCUGGAAGGUGUGGAGAAGGAGAGGGAUUUCUACUUCGGGAAAUUGAGAGAAAUCGAGCUACUGUGCCAAGAGCACGGGCAGGAGAACGAUGACCUGGUGCAGCGGCUGAUGGAGGUGCUCUACGCGUCCGACGAGCAGGAGGGCCAAACAGAAGAGCCGGAAGCGGAGGAGCAAGCCCAUGAGCAGCAGCCCCAGCAGCAGGAAGAGUACUGAACCGUCUCCACGGCUCCUGACACGUCCAUCGUACGUGUGUGUGGGGACUUUUCUUCCAGAGAAUUGGAACGUGUGUGGCCUGGAGCGCGGUAGAAACCAGCUGUUCCCAACCUGUUCCCAUCGACAGUGAUCUUGCAUCCGCCAGCCAUCGCUCUUGGUUCCCACUUUCUUUGCCAAGAUGCAUUAGCAGAUGGCCCUUGUGGUCAGCUCCCUGCCAGAUCAUAGGGCCACAAACCUUCAACUUCACCACCUGACUGCUUGAGACUGGUUCAGCUCCUCCCUCAUAACUCUGUCCCACCCCAACACCACCACCAUCACCACCACCACCACCACCACCCCUUUUUAUCCUGGUGUGAAACAAUGGUAAUUUGAUAUAUGGUAUUUAUAUUGGCAUUUUUCAACCCAGUGUCAGUAGAUGUCACGCGCAUUUGUGGUGCUUUGAUGUUUGCGAGUCUAACCUCCUCUCAUAAAUUUGGUCAGAUAAUUAAUUCAUUGGAACAAAGGGAAACAGAUAUUUGAUAUGAAAGCCAUAUGACAGUAGCCUGUGUCAUGGGGAAAACCGUCUCUCCCUCUACUCACAACACUAAAGGGAAACAAAAUGGAUUCAGAGCUAUGACUUCAGGGCCCAGCAGUGUUGAUAGAGCAGCGUACUAGGCAACCACACCGUCGUUAGUUUUCAGACAUCCGCUCACGGACAAAACCAUCUCAGCCUUGCCCUUGCUCCGUGUGCCCCCGCCCCCGCCCCCAGGUUCUCCUGUUGUUUUCUUUCUCAGGGUCCUUUCCUUGUUGGGGGUCCACUCCCCGAAAGAUGUUGUCAUUGGCAGUCUGCAGUUGCAAAGGGGGAGCGUGGUCUCAGAAGGCACGAGGCUUCUGCCUCAUCACUCUUCCUCCUCCUAAGAGCUUCAACCCAAGUCCUCCAAUUCACAUUAAAGAAUCCAUACUACGGGGGGACUCAAGGGUGCAUCCCCUACACGCCAGUGUCAUGUCGGUGCUGGCUGCCCAGGUUGGAAGCAAAGACUUGAUUGAUAGCGCAUGAUUUCAAGGGAGAAGUGGGGCCACACACAGAAACGCCGGUGAGUGUUUCUCACAGGCCACACACACUCUGGUGAGAGGGUACCAGGGAGUCAGGAUCUUCUUCUCCCAAUGCCUCUUGACGGGAAUACUCUGUUCCUCCCGUCGCCUUCUGGAGUGAGGCCUCCACCCUCCCUGACAUCUGCUAAGCCAUGGCAAUUCAUAAACGGGAGACAUUAGUGAAUUGAAGGCAUUCCUUGUUUUUAACUAAUAUUUGCACAUUUUCUUAGUUCCUUCCUCAUGGCCGCCUGUCCUCCCCUUUUGACAGAUGGUAUUCUUUCCUAACUCCCUCCGUUUCGUUUGAUUUUAGCUUUAGGUUUGCUGUCACUGGUCACAUGGCCAGCAAGUGCAGAGAAACAAGAAAAAAGUGUGCCCACCCCACCUUCCACUCUAAAAAAAAAAAUCUCAAAAUAAAUUUCUGAAUUAUGCAUCAUAAAGUUUUGAAAUUUCUUUAUUAAUUGAUGGGAUGCUAACCUUAAAUUCUAGCAUUGACGCUUUGCACCUAGAGAAAGCUUUCCGGAAAUAAACCUUCACAGCAGCGGUGUGUGUAACUGAGGCCCGUGUGGGAAAGAUGGCUUGUAUUUUUGAACUGAUCACAACACACUGUGCAGAAGCAGACAGAUGUUCCAUGGCAUCUGGUUCUCCUUCCUUCUCUCUCCUGCUCACUCAGCCCUACAGUGCAGCGCAUCUCUCUGAGGCUGGAAAGCCCCACCCCUCGCAGUGACGUCCUCCCAAGCCCGGCCGGUAGUGGCUGCUCUCCUCACAGCACCAGGCCUCAAGGCAGGUUGUUCUCCUGAGCCUUUCUUAUUCAUUCGCUUUGGUUUUGCUUUUUUAAUAGCUGUUAUAAAGAGGUACAAUAAGCAGCUACUCACAGACACCUGGGAGGUUCCUGUACCUGCCGGGGACAUCUUAACCACACCCAGGACUGGGGAAUCCAUGACCGCACUCCUGUGAGUGGGUACCGGGGAGUCAGGAUUUUUCUUCUCCCAAUGCCUCUUGCUAGAAACACUCUAUUCCUCUCCACCUCCCUGGACUGCUAAGCUGGAGACCUACUGGCCACAUGUCUGAAAAUAAUUUUCCCUGGCUAGUGUACUCUGUUCUCUUCCCUAGUGGCUCAGGCCAGACUACCAUCCAUUUAGGGAGAAGCCCUACCUCCUUUUCGUGCGCCCAUCUUAAAUAUGUGUGACGCCCUAUGUCCCAGAUGGUGCGAUGGAUGCUUUAGGGACUCCUUCACAGCUGUUUGCACCCCUGCCUCUGGGCACCCUCCACUCAUGGAUGACAGAUCCCAUUCAGUCUUUUAUCUUGGCACUCAGGGCACACAGCCCAGCCACAGAACAUCACAUUGGGUCCAGAGGCAUCCCAACAUGGGUUCCUGCUCCUCCCCUCUCAACAAGUUGAUUAUUUUUUUCCCUCGGUUUCCCCACACCCACUGCUGGCUGGAAGUGCUCCCAUUACCACUGUCAGAUUGGAAGUGACUGAAGCAAGGGAUGAAGAGAGAGAGAGCUCACAUUCUAAGUAGAGAAGCAGGAAAAAAGUGUUCAAAAAACAAACACCCUGUUGAACUGAGAGAAGUAAACUCCAGAAGGGGACCAGGAUUUCCCCCCUUUCCUGGUGAGUGUUUCCAUUAUUCCGUUAAGGUUUAAUAUGCAUUCAGAUUACUUUUACUAAAUAGUACACCAUAAAGCUUUUGUUAUAUAUUAAAUGUAAACUGAAAGGAAUGUAAACAUAUGUAUUGUUAAUUAUAAAUAUCGAUAAGUAAUGGCAUAAUAGAUGAAGAGGUCUUAUUCAGAUGCAUCACGUUCAUUUUGCAUUACCCACCUAUUGUCGCAUGGUAGGAUAGCUUUUUGUCUC